AUGAUCUUAAUGAUCUAUUCGGUCACCACCGGAGCUCAAAAUCAGUGUAUUGCAACAUGGCCGGGCACUCAACGGUUCUUUAUUGCUGCAUCAACAACGGUUAUUCCGGAGUGGACAGACCGUUUUACAAUCGUAAGCAACAAAUUUCUACUUGGUACGGUGUUUAAUCAAUUAUAUCAUCGUUAUAAUACCGCGCUUUCCGGCAAAAUAAUACCGAUUAUGGAACUUUCCCCUAAAGGCUCUUUCUCCACCCGAAAUACCGUAAAUAUAAGUUUGGCGAGCACCAACUCUGGCCAUAAUGGUUAUCUCUCCACAGAGAAACAGUUUUGUAACAGCUAUUCUCUGUAUAACAUGCUCCUAUUACGCUAUUACUGCCAGACCAAUCCUUCUAAAGUACAUUCUGAGACCACUUGCCGGUUGUUGGCAUGA